AUGGGCCAGAUUUCAUCGCUCCCUCUUGAAGAAGUUCUUGCCAUUGAAGCGCUAGUCGAAGCUACUUUAUUUGGCAUCUUCUUCGUCCUCUCUACCGCUUCUCUUUACCUUCUCAUAAGGCGCUCCCGCAUGCUUAUUCGUUCGCGGCCAUGGCCCCCCCUCACGGCUUUCAUAGUCGCCACUGUGCUGAUAUUCGUCUCAAACACAAUGGUGAAUGGUCUCGUCCUCACCGCGCGCGAGAUAACCUACCCGGAACACAGCACUGGAUCCUCUCUGUACUUCAGCUUGGCGGUGGCCGAAACUGGCGCACUCUUGGUCACGGUGAUUGUGAAUGAUGUCGUGAUGAUAUAUCGCCUAUGGAUCGUUUGGUCUUACAGCAAGCGUGCCAUCGUCCUCCCUCUGUGCACUCUUAUUGGUUUGACGUUUUGUGGAGUCACUGUCGUGUAUCAAGAGUCCCGAUAUGAAUACAGUCUGGAAUCUGGCACGACAAUGAGUAGGUUGUUUGUCACCAAUCUCAUCUUCGUUAUGUGGAGCGUGUUUACUCUUUGCACAAAUGUGUACUGCACGGUGAUGAUCGCAUGGCGCAUCUGGUACAUCCACUCAGCAAUUGGGGGCAGGAGGGGCAGCCUAAUGUCCGUGCUCGCUAUCCUCGUUGAGAGCGCGGCCAUAUAUACAAUAUGGACGAUCUUCUUUCUGAUCGCCUGCAAACUCUACCCCGAUUUGCAGCCCCUCGCCUAUCUGUUGCUCUCUGUCGUCACCGGCAUCUCGUUCAUGCUCAUCAACGUUCGUGUAGGAAUGGGCUGGGAGGAGCAGGCGCCGCCCACAUUCUCUACGUUCGUGCCUGCACCAGCUGCGGUCGAGACGCAUAGCGAGUUAUGUGUGACGCGGCCCAUGGUCGCGCACGCAGUCGGUAGCAAUGAUAGUUUAGGAAAGCCCGUCCCGUUCAUGUCUUCCAGUGUCACGGUCGUGCAUAUGUGA